AUGGAUCCCACGUUGGGCAGGAGAUAUACAACUUUCCCUGACCUUGACUAUGGCCAGGAAGAGGUACCACGCAGUAUAACUAUCGCUUGGAGGGUUGAACGCUGCCAAUUGGUAGUGGACGUGCUUAUUCUUUCAUGGGCUUCCCUGCUUAAGUCCGUUACUGGCCAUGAAUGCCCGACCUUUUGCUUUGAUGGUCAGCCCAUCGAGGCUGAUCUGAAUACGGCAACGUUCCAAAAGUUGACAUCACCUCCACCUGGAUGCAAGAUCGCAGUGACAUACGAUCCCAAGCAAUCCGGUGGGCAUAUCAUAUCGACAGGAUGCACAAGCGCCCGUUAUCUCACACAGAUCGCCCGGCAAUUGACAUCAAUUAUUUGUAAUCGUCUAAAGUGUCAACUAAAAGAUCAAUCCUCCGAUGACGGGCCCUAUCUUUCCAUCUUGAACCCUACACCUGAAUUUAUCCCUGGACCAUCACUUCUACACGAUCUUGUCCGAUCUGAAGGAUGCGGAAAUGACUUGGCGAUAGACUUCCUCAAUGGGAAUAAGACCAGGAGCACUCUUUCAUAUGAAUUGCUUCAUCUCAACUCGACAGCAUUGACUGUGCGCCUGACAGAUGCGUUGGAAUCACUCACUGGUUCAUGCAAACGAAAUCCCGUAAUACCGGUGCUAUUGCCACAAUCUAUCGAACUCUAUAUUGCCUGGUUGUCGAUAUUGAAAGCAGGCGCUGCAGUGUGCCCCCUUAACCUGGAUGCACCUCCCGAGCGAAUCAAGUAUAUCGCGAAUGAUGUUGGUGCAGACAUCAUCGUUACCACACGGUCAUUGGCUAGCAGGCUGGAGCAUCUCGACAGACAUAUCCAAACUAUCAUAACGGAAGAUGUUGAUAUAGAAGCCAAAAAUAUUGACAGGUUCCAAGCUCCUCAAAUAGAUGCGGAUGACAUCGCGUAUGUGGAAUACACAUCUGGCUCUACGGGUCUUCCCAAAGGGGUUGCUGUUUCGCAUCGUGCUGCCACUCAAUCAUUGCUUGCUCAUGACAAAUGGAUCCCGCCUUUCAAGAGAUUCUUGCAAUUUGCCUCACCAACUUUUGACGUGUCCAUUUUUGAGAUCAUUUUCCCACUGUUUCGUGGCGCUACUCUUGUCGGAUGUGACCGCAAUUUAAUGCUAGGAGAUCUUCCGCGAAUUAUAACAGAACUGGAUGUGGAUGGAGCCGAGCUCACCCCAACUGUGGCAGGGGAAUUGCUCCAGAGAAGAUCUGCAGCCCCAUGUUUAAAGGUGCUGCUAACGAUUGGGGAGAUGUUAACAAGGAAAGUGGUUGACGAAUUCGGAUCCUCACCCAAUAAUGAUGGCAUCCUUUAUGCAAUGUAUGGCCCAACAGAAGCAGCAAUUCAUUGUACCCUUGCACCAAAUAUUUCAGCAGAAUCUCGUGUUGGGAAUAUUGGUGUUCCCCUCCAGACAGUGUCCACUUUCAUUGUAUCCCCACAAUUUCCUGAUUCCAAUCAUAGUGAUGAACCCGAGAUUCUUCCGAUUGGUCAUAUUGGAGAGCUUGCGAUCGGUGGUCCGCAACUUGCAGAAUGUUACAUAAACCGCGAAGAGGAAACUAAGAAAGCCUUCUUGGUUACUGGAAGGUACGGAAGGAUAUAUCGCACUGGUGACAUGGCCCGGCUGCAUCCAUCCGGAGAAAUGGAAUGUUUAGGAAGAAUAUCGACCGGCCAAGUAAAACUUAGGGGGCAACGCGUUGAGCUUGGCGAAAUCGAACGGAUCAUUUACAAAGUUCCUGGUAUUCGAAGCGCAGUGGUGAACGUACUGGAAAACACUUUGGUUGCUUUUGUAUCUGUGGAUGAAACUUUUCCGGGAAUAACAAAUAUAAUUCAGGUGUGCCGCAAAUGGCUGCCAAAAUUUAUGAUCCCUGGAGAUGUCGAGCUCCUGGAUAACCUCCCCAGACUUCCAUCGGGAAAAAUCGAUAAUGCAGCUCUGGAACGCGACUAUUCUGAGCGGAGAAACUUGCAACGCACAGAUACCACGGGGUUCGAUGAUCAAAUGCAGAGGAAAAUAGCCUCAUGUGUUGAAGAUGUUUUAAACUUAAGCGUUGGAAAAUCGACUAGCCUAACUCAAGCCGGCCUCGACUCUCUUAAAGCAAUUAAACUGGCAUCCGUUUUGCGAAAUGCCGGUAUAAACAUUGACGUGUUGGGAAUUCUAGAAGCGGACUCCAUCCCGGGAAUUGCGGCCCGCUCCCACGAAUCCAACGCUGAUCCUCUGACGAUAACGGGGAAAUUCGAGUCUGGCAACUGGAAAUGCGUCGUGAAUGCGACAUUCGAUUCCCUCAAAUUAAAUGGGUACUUAACAGAUUUUGUGGACGUCGUUCCUUGCAGCCCUGUGCAAAUGGCCAUGCUCUCGGAAACUAUGCGUGAUCCGAAAGCAUAUUUGAAUUGGAUAGAAUUACAAUUUCAUGAAAGCAUCCGAAUAAAUGAUGUUAAGCACGCUUUCUACGAGAUCGGAUUGAAAAACGAGAUACUUCGGUCUAGUUUUAUUCCAACCGAUUACCCUAACCAUUCUCAUGUUCAAGUGAUCUGGAACAAAUUGGGCGGGGAUAAGGUCCAGGAAGUGUCAGAAUUGAAACACGACUCAUCCAGCCAUGAAUAUCCUUUACUGAAUCCAUUUUAUGUUGAACUUACAGAGAUAGAUGACCGAAUUCAUGCACUGGUUCACAUCCAUCAUGCCGUGUACGAUGGGUGGUCAUGGGAUCAAAUUCUCAGCGAUAUUGAGCACCUUUUAUAUUCGCGAACGUUAAAUUUGCGGCCGCAAUAUCGGCUAGUUACUGACUACUAUUUGAAUUAUAUUAGCACUGAAGAUCGAGAGAGUGCUAUCAACUACUGGCAAGAGCAAAUGGAAGGCAUCAAACCGACCACCUGGCCGAAUUUCCAGGACACAUCCGACAUUCCAGUUGGCCUUCGAACCAUUCAACGAUUCCUUGGCAUUGAGGUGCAGAAUCUUGAUGCUACAGUUCAACACCUUCGAGUUAGCCGGCAGGCAAUAUUCCAAGCUGCUUUCAGCUACCUCCUUAGCUCAUACACAGGAGAUUCAGAUACUGUUUUUGGCUCCGUCGCUUCUGGACGUAUGCUUCCGAUAGCUGGCAUAGAAGACAUUAUAGGGCCUUGCAUGGUAACAAACCCUCUGAGAAUUAAUUUGGACCAGUUGCGCACCGUUCGCGAUCUCAUUGGGGCAAUUCACAACUUGAAUCGCAAUUCCCUCAAGCAUGGAUUCUUACCUCUGAUUGAUAUAAAACGAGGCUCUGGAAUUGACUCCGGCGUUCCUCUAUUCGAUAGUAUAUUUGUUUGGCAAGAGACUCUGAGUGGGGAGAAAGCGCGUUCAGAGCUGAUUCGAGAGGUUAAAUCCAGAGAUUUUUUGGAAUUCAAUAUGUCACUUGAGUUGACAAUUGAAGGAGAGUAUGUCUCUGCGCAGGCCAACUUCCAACAGUCGAUCCUUCCUGACAGCCAAGUCGAUAUUUUCCUUCUCCAAAUGGAGCAUAUCGUGUCAAUCUUUAUCAGUUCUCCGGAGACUCUCUUGCGAGCUAUUAACAGCCGCUUGCCUAGCUCUACUUUAUCUAUCGAGAACGCCGAUUAUAUCAAACAGACAGCCUUGCCAGGCCUAGCAGAUGGAGUGGAAAAGUUGGCCAAGUCAGAUCCAGAAAGAGUCGCGAUUGAGUUUUUGGAUGCGUUUGAUCCAGCAUUGGGUACAGCAAGCAUCACAAAACUUACCUAUCGUGGCAUGGACAUUUGCUCAAAUCAAUUGGCAAAUUACUUACUUUCCCGUGGACUGUUCCCUAAUAGCCUCGUUUCUAUAUUCCUUGAAAAGUCCAUUGAUCUUUAUAUUGCCAUAAUAGCCGUUAUCAAAGCCGGUUGUGGUUACGUGCCGAUCACUCCACAGACACCGGUUAAUCGUGUUAAUACAAUCAUAGAAGAGGCGAAAUGUUCGAUCUGUAUCACGAAUUCCCCUCUGUCACUCAAAUUACGAGAAAUACGGGGCACGGAAAUCGUAGCUCUAGAUACCAUCACGCUUCAUGACUUUCCAGCUACCCCUUCAGAAGUGCCCAUUUCCGAUUCGUCAGUGGCCUAUUGCACUUUCACCUCAGGGAGCACAGGAAAGCCAAAGGGGGUACUCAUCACACACCGUAACUUGCAAAGCAAUAUAGCAGUGCUAUCAGAAAUAUACCCAACCCACCCCGGAUCGAAAUUCCUCCAAGCCUGUUCCCAUGCUUUUGAUGUUUCCGCUUUUGAGAUAUUUUAUUCGCUAUCUACGGGCUUGACGUUAUGCUCAGCAAUCAAUGAUAUUUUAUUCCGAGAUAUAGAACAGGCUAUUCGGACCAUGGGUGUUACCCAUCUUAGCCUUACCCCGACCGUUGCAUCGCUUCUUAACCCUGACAACAUUCCGAAAGUCAAAUUCUUAGUUACUGCUGGAGAGGCAGUGACUGAGAAGGUCUUUAAAUCAUGGGCUGGCAGGGGCAUUUAUCAAGGUUAUGGCCCGAGCGAGACUACGAAUAUUUGCACUGUGCGGCCCAAUCUCAAGCCAGCCGACUUUAUAAAUCACAUUGGAUCACCUUUUAAAAAUACCUCGGCGUUCGUGAUUUCAGGGGAGGAGGGAUUUUCAUUACUCCCUAGAGGUGCUGUCGGCGAAUUUUGCUUUGGUGGUGAUCAAGUUGGUACCGGAUAUCUCAACAUGCCGGCUCUCACAUGCAGUAAAUUUAUUUGCCACCCUCAGUACGGAAAAGUAUAUAAAUCUGGUGAUUUUGGGCGCAUGCUUCCUGACGGAUCACUGGCAUUUACUGGCCGUAGGGAUGAUCAGGUUAAGUUAAGGGGUCUGCGCAUUGAGCUGGGCGAGAUUAACCGUGUCAUAUUAGAAGACCCGGAAGUUAUAGACUGCACCACAUUCAUUACCACAGAUGCACUUAACGAACAACAACAACUAGUCUGCUUCUGGGUGCCAGCAUUAAGCCAUGGGGAUAAGUUUACAGCCCGUGAGAAUCGCUAUAAAAUACUAAAACUAUUUGAUCUCAUCAGGGCGCGGCUUCCAGAGUAUAUGAUUCCGUCCAUGCUCAUCCCUAUCCGAAGGGUACCAAUAACAACAUCCGGAAAGACUGAUAAAUUGGAACUGCUAAAGCAUUUCCGAACGUUAAAUCUAGAAACAUUACAAUUGUGUUCUUGUGUGACUGAAGCUCUCAGUGAUAAACGUGAAUUCUCAGACACCGAGAUGAGAGUCGCAGAGGCUGUUGCCAAAGUUACUUUAGUUUCACAGGCAGAUAUCGGCCUUCACACCUCAUUCUACAGCCUGGGUCUAAAUUCAAUCUCAGCUAUAUCUUUGUCAAGACAUCUCAAACUGAAUGGUUUUGGGCAGGUAGAUGUUUCGGUAAUUAUGAAAUAUAACACCGUGUAUCGCCUGUCCAGGAAUAUUGAAAGGAGCGGUUCUCAACUAACAAAGAAAAAAUGCUUGCCAAAUAUCGGAUUAUUAUUUUCUCGUGAAUUUGUGGAAGAAUUAAGGAAGAAUGCCGAAGGUUCCGGGUGCCUGAUUCGAAAAAUAUUGCCAUGCACACCAUUGCAAGAAGCGAUGCUUCUGCGAAAAUACAUCGGCAACUCCACGGCUUACUACAAUCACCUCCUUUUUGAGGUUAGGGAUGUUGGGAAACUAAGGAACGCUUGGGUCUCCAUGGUCCAGAGGCACGACAUUCUUCGUUCCUAUUUCGCUUCCACGGGUCAAUCUCGGUUUUCCUUUGCGCAAAUCGUUUUGGAGUCGGUCAAUCUGCCUUGGAAUGAGAUCAGUACGACGAUCAAAGAGCUCGACAGCCAUAUAGAAGAACAAAAGCGUGAACUCGCAAAGGGCAAAGAAAAUACUCUACCCUAUUUAUUGACGGUGCUUCGAAUAGCUGAAAGCGGGAAAACGCUUUUUCUAUUCAUAAUCCAUCAUGCGCUAUAUGAUGGCGAAGCUAUGUCACUACUUCUACAGGAAGUUGAACUUGAUGUUUCUGGGAAACCCUUACCCCAGAUAGUUCCUUUCGAUCUAUACCUUGAGCAGAUGGUGGCAGUGGAUAUAGAAGAAGCUGACCAAUUCUGGCAGCCACUUCUCUCGGAUUUUUCUCCUUCUCACCUACUUGACGCUCAAAAUCGUGCCAAUCAUAGUACCUCAAGGACAUUUCAGACUGUUGAGGAUGACUUUGGCACUCCCCUGAGUAAAGUUAUGGGGGCUUGCAAAGAUCUCUCGGUGACUCUCCUCACCCUUGUCCAAGCGGCGUGGUCAAAACUAUUAUUGUUAUACACACAAAAGCCCGACAUUUGUUUCGGAAACGUGUUCAGCUGUCGAAGCAUCCCUGUGGACGGAGCGGAGCGCAUCAUUGGUCCUUGCUUGAAUACGCUCCCCAUUCGAAUUAAAGCGAACUCGAAUACAAUGAACAUAGGCCUUGCUAAGCAUCUACAGGAAUACAAUUCAGCUGUUAUGCCCUAUCAACUAACUUCUCUUCGCCAUCUACAAUCAAAAUUCGGCCACAACAAUUCCCACCUCUUCGAUACUUUAGUUAUUUUACAAAAGAGCAUUCACCGCUUGGAUGAUAAAAUAUGGGAGUUGGUUGAAGAAAAAGGAGACAUGGACUUCCCCCUUGUCUGUGAGGUUGUUCCAAACGAUGAGGCUGAUACAUUGAGGUUAAUUAUUUAUUACGAUGAUGCACAAUUCGGUCUAGAAGAUACGAAGAUUAUGCUUCGCAGUUUCUCAGCUUCUCUUCAAAAUGUACUCCUCUACCCGUCGGGUAGAGCGAUGGAUUCAAGUAUUCUUGAUCCUGGCCUUCCAUCCUUUGUAGACGAAUUACGCCGACAUCUGACACUAGCUGCAGAGACUGGGAGGCCUAGCUGGGGUGAAGGUGAGAAACUGAGCUUAUGCUCUGGUAAAAGUUCUCUCCAGAUCCGAUUAGUUCAGGAAGUGCUAUCGACCCUGUCGAAUAUCGCACACACACACAUUAAACCUCACACCACGAUAUUCCAAUUAGGGCUCGAUAGUAUAAAUGCAGUGCAAAUAUCUGCUAGAUUUAAAGCUCUCGGAUACGAAAUAACUGCGAGCGACGUUCUUGAGAACCCGUCUGUAGGCGAGCUUGCAUCACUCCUCGUGCGAGAGAAAAAGGUUGACGAUAGUUGCCUUUUGUCAUUUGACUUCAUGUCCUUUCAAGCCCGCCAUUGGCAAACUGUUUGCCAGCAAAUCGACGUUCCGGAGAAAUGUAUUGAGUCAAUUCGUCCAUGCACACCUGCACAAUCAGGAAUGUUGGCUCUGUUUACAAACUCCGAGGGUGAGCUGUAUUUUAAUCAUAUAAUCUUGGAAUCAAAUAUUUCCCUUGAUCUACAGACUCUGAAAGCAGCAUGGACUGCCGUAACAGAAAUUCAUGACAUUCUUAGAACAGGUUUCACUAGCAUUCGUGAUGAAGAGGCUCCCUUCGCCGCGAUCACUUACCGAAGUGAGACAUUCGGACUUCCAUGGGCUGAAGACGCAAACCUGACAAUUAAAGGAGAUCAACAAUUGUCAGGUAGAAAGGAAGUCUCAAAAAAAGCCUUCUUACACCUUCAUCAACCGCCGUGGCAUGUAUCAAUACAGCAGUGUGAAUCGAAUGUACUAAUGCAAUUCUCUGCUCUUCAUUCGUUGUACGACGCGCAGUCCCUAAAUUUGCUUGUUUGUGAUCUUUCUAGAUUACUGAAAUGCGAGGUGCUAGAUCCAGUGAUUCCGAUUUUACCAGUUCAGGAUUAUAUCAUAUCUGCAAGUAACCAGGUAUACAAUGAUUUGGAAUGUGAAACCUUCUGGAAGGAAUUCGGGAAGGACCUUUGUAUCACAAAGUUCCCCGAUAUGGGCCCACUGCAUCAAGAGAAGCGGGUAGGUGUGGUAAUUAAGUCGUGUUCCAAAACGCUCCAAUCUUUACAAGAGGGCUGCAGAAAUGCCGGUGUCACCCUUCAGGCUGCGGGGCAAGUAGCAUGGGCUCGAAUAUUGGCAUCCUACACAGGAGAGAGCAGAGUUACAUUUGGGCUUGUGCUGUCUGGGCGAAAUACCUUCGAAGAUGCACAAAAAGCUGUGUUCCCGUGCCUUACAACCGUUCCUUCAUCAUACAUUAUCGAGGGUUCUAAUAGAAACCUACUAGAACGUGUUAUGAAGCUAGAUGUGUCAUUGGUAAAAUACCAGUUUACCCCAUUAUCAAAGAUUCAUCAACUGGUAGGAUCUGGAUCUUCGCUCUUCGACACGAUAUUUGUAUUUCAAAAACAUACGACCACGUUUCAGAAUGAUAUCUGGAAAGUUUAUGAUGAAGAUGCUAGAACUAAUUAUCCAGUUUCAAUCGAGCUAAUACUUAGAGAUGGGAAGCUCGAAUUCCAACUCACUUUUGAGACCGAUAUUUUACCAGAACCCCAAGCUGAAAUUCUCUUGAGACAGCUUGACGAUCUGUUAAUCGAUACACUUUCCUACCUCGACUCACCCUGCGUUUGCUUUACAAACGGGGAGAAUAAGGACAUUCUGUCAGCCGUUGCAGCGAAGGAAGCCAGAAUUUCGUCUCCCGUUAAGUUGGUGCACCAAUUUGUUGAAGUACAAGCUCAAGAAUCCCCGUCAAAAAUAGCUCUCGAGUUCGCAUCCAAAAUCCCUGGAAAACAAGGGCUUUCCAAGCGAAAAUGGACAUACAAAGAAUUUAACGAGGUCAGUAAUAAAUACGCCAGGCUGCUACAAAGGAACGGCGCUUCCCCGGGAAAUUUGAUAGGGAUUUGUUUCGAUAAAUGCCCUGAGGCAUAUUUUGCGAUAUUGGCCAUAUUGAAAGUUGGCUGCGCGUAUGUUGCUCUCGACCCAGGAGCCCCAGAAGCGCGGAAGAAAUUCAUUUUGAACGAUUCCGGGGCCAAAAUUUUGCUUUCCACGACAUCGAAGAAAAAUGAGCUGAAAGGGUUGCCUGUUUUAAUUUUGGAUAGUCCGGGAAUUCUGGACGGUAUACCUUCUCUGCCUCCAGUUCUAGAAGAGGAGAUACAACCAGAGGACUGCUGUUACUGCCUGUACACUUCGGGAACAACAGGCACUCCCAAGGGCUGCGAAAUAACACAUGACAAUGUUGUCCAGGCUAUGCUCUCUUUCCAAAGACUAUUCCAUGGUCACUGGGACGAGACAUCUCGGUGGUUACAAUUCGCAGCGUUCCAUUUUGAUGUCAGCGUUCUGGAACAGUAUUGGAGUUGGAGCGUUGGAAUAUGUGUAACAGCUUGUCCUAGGGACACAAUAUUUGCGGAUUUGCCUGGCACCAUUCGAGAACUCGAGAUCACUCACAUUGACUUAACUCCCAGUUUGGCACGCUUGCUUGACCCAGAAGAAACUCCCUCACUUCGUCGUGGAGUUUUUAUCACUGGCGGAGAGCAGCUUAAACAAGAAAUUCUCGAAGCUUGGGGUGAAUACGGAGUGAUAUAUAAUGGAUACGGCCCGACAGAAGUAACUAUUGGCUGCACGAUGCUCCCUCGGGUGCCGCGAAAUGGCAAACCGUCAAAUAUUGGUCCACAAUUUGACAAUGUCGGUAGCGUUGUGUGCAAACCGGGAACUACGACACCAGUCCUGCGGGGUGGCGUAGGGGAGCUUUGCGUGACAGGAACCCUUGUUGGACGAGGGUAUCUUAACCGACCUCAGCUCACGGAAGAGAAAUUUCAAUAUGUUAAAGAAAUGGGUGAACGGAUUUAUCGCACUGGAGACCUAGUGCGACUUCUCCAUGAUGGCAGUUUUUGCUUUCUUGGACGGAUCGACGAUCAGGUCAAACUUCGUGGCCAACGCCUUGAAAUUGGGGAGAUCAACCAAGUUAUUUCCAAUUCUGCAGAGGAGGUGGGAGAAGUCGUUACGAUGGUUUUGAAGCAAACAAGUCGGUCAAAAGAGCAGCUUGUGUCAUUCUUCACCACGAAUACGCCAAAAAACCCCGAUGCGUUGACAUGCCGAAUCGAUUUCGAUCCUGGAAUGAAUAAAAUCCUUUCCGAAAUCAAUCAAGCAUGCCAUAAAACACUGCCAGGUUUCAUGAUUCCGACACAUAUCCUUCCUGUAACCGCUUUUCCCUUAAAUGCAAAUAAUAAAAUUGACCAGAGACAUCUGAAAAAAAUCUAUGAGAAUAUUACUUUGGAGGAGAUGCAGCGGCUAUCCUCUCAGACUCGAAUCGAUUCCCAAACACCAUCGAAGGAUGUAUGCGCAAUAAUAGCUCUCGUGUCCAAAGUUACAGGGGUAGAAGUCUCUGCUAUCUCACCAUGGUCAAGCAUAUUUGAACUUGGCUUAGACUCCAUUUCCGCCAUCUCAUUCUCUAGAGUUUUGAGAGAUUCGGGAUUUAAAGAAGCUCAACCAUCUUUGUUAAUGAAAAAUUCAACCAUCAUGGCACUUUCCAACGCACUGAAACGAUCUGCAGCAAAUGAACUUACUAGAAAGGCGUUGUAUCAAGAAUCUAGACAGCGGAUUACAGCAUUCGCCCAUAGGAAUCUUACGAUCGCUGCCCGCAAACUAGGGACUCCCUUAGCAUCCAUCGAAGCAGUCGUUCCUUGUACAUCCCUACAAGAGGGUAUGAUAUAUCGAUUUAUUGAAAGCCAGAAGCCGGUAUACUUCACAAACUUCAAUUUUGAGUUAUCAUCGAACGUUAAUGUUUCUCACCUCAAAACUGCGUGGCUGAAAGCUCAGAGUUCUGUUCAGAUACUUCGAACCAAAUUUCCAUUAACGGCUGGCCACUAUUGCCAAGUUAUCCUUAAAGAAGAUUAUUUUCCGUGGUUUGAAUCAACCGCCAUCAGUGAUGUCGAAGUUGGAAGUAUCGCCAACUGCCGAUAUAAGGAGUGGUGUAGUGAACCUGCAAACUUGACUGGGAGAGUUUGGGAAGCCGGUGUCGUCAUAGGGCCAGGGACAAGAUGGAUGUGCUUGAAUAUUUUCCAUGGAUUAUACGAUGGAAACUCCUUACCACUUUUAUUAAAUAUCGUUAUACAAGCAUAUAUUGACCAUACAAGCGCACCAGAAACACCGCCAUAUAUUGAAUGUCUGGCCCGAGGUCCCCUAUGCAAAAUACCAGGAGCGAAGGAGUUUUGGCUUAAACAUCUUGAUGGCCCUCCAAAACCUCUACCAUUUAUAAGCGACGCACACGAAGGUGACCCAUUGGUCACAAUACUGGGAAUCGGAAAGUUAGAGAAGCUUGAGCCAUUAAGACGAAAGCUCGAUGUGUUAGAGCAAUCUGUACUCUUAGCAUGCUGGCUCCGCGUCCUCGAACGACAUUUCAAGUUCAUUCCGAUUGUUGGUGUCAUAGUAUCAGGCAGGGCACACGAUAUCAAAGACACUGAAGAUGUCGUUGGGCCAAUGUUUAAUACCCUUCCCUGCAAUAUUUCAUGUUCAAAAAUUUUCUCCAUGGCUGAUUUGGUGAGAUGCUGUCAUGAGUAUUAUAUCUCCACGCUCCAAUACCAACACACCUCUCUCAGAGAUAUUAUGAAAUGGCUGCAACGGAGAUCUGGAAUCCCUCUUUUCGACAAUCUAUUUGUCUUCCAAAGGGAACCCAAUGAAAAGGUUGACUCGGCAGGCUCACUGUGGUCACCGAUAAUUUCCCAAUCUGAACCCGACUACCCGGCAGCAUUUGAGGUGCAGCGGGACAGGGAUGGCUCUUUGGCAGUAACUCUUGUGACACAGGCUUCCAGUUUUACUACUGAAGCUGCACAGCAACUUACUUUCCAGUUCCGUGACACGCUAGUUGACUUCCUGGAUAAUCCGUCCAGCAAGCUGAAUCUUGCCACACAGGGAUCGGAUAACUCCAAAAUUGGAAGUGCUGGUGUUGACAACAUUCAACCGCAUACUAACGGCUACACCUCCAAUUUCACACUUCUACCUUUUGAGUGGACGGCCAUGGCAUCUCGACUUCGUGAAGAGAUCGCAUCGAUUGCCAAUAUAGAUGCUCUCGCAAUUCAGGAAAACACAUCUAUUUUUGAAGUUGGGUUAGAUAGCAUUGAUGCUAUCCAACUAUCUUCCCGCUUGGCAAACGCUGGCAUCAGAGUGACCGUUACUGCGAUUAUGCGCGGCCAGACCAUUAAAAACAUCCUGCAUGAUAUUGAAUCAAACGAACCGAAUGGAGAGGUCAAACCACAGGCUUCGUUGGAGGUGCUAGAACAAGAACUGCGGAAUUACUUUGAGAACGACCGAUUCGAUCUAGCUCAGAUCGAACGUAUUUUCCCGGCUACACCUCUUCAAGAAGCAAUGGUCGCUGAGAUGGUCGCUUCUGACUUCAAUCGCUACUUUAAUCAUGAUAUUCUAGAGAUCAAGGACAACGUGGACAUCGAUAAACUAAAAAGGGCCUGGGAGCAGGUUGUUGAUGCCAAUGCGAUCUUUCGAACCUCAUUCGCUGAAGUCUCUGAUCCUCGUUUUCCGUUUACCUAUGCACAAUUAAUUCACCACCCUGGGAAACCAAUAGACUGGAGCGUGGUCGACACGAUCGGUAGAUCUGUUGAUACGAUAUUGGAAGAGGAGCGGCGGAAAGCAACUGCUAUAUUUCAGGCGGGGAAACCGCUAUUCAAGGUCCAAUUGCUAGGCUCAGUAAAUGAAGGACAUAAACGGCACUUGCUUCUCUCAAUGCCCCAUGCGAUGUACGAUGGCUGGUCAUUAGAUCUUCUCAAUGAGGAUAUUGCGACCUGUUACUCUGGUCAGCGUCCCAAUAUCAGGGGAUCGUGCGACAAAGCUCUAAGCCAUAUUUUGAAUUCGACUCGAAACGAGCUGGGCUUGCAAUCCUGGAAAGGAACUCUCGGUGGUGCUUGCCCAACUGCAUUUCCGAAGCAGAUAAAUGCUGGGGGGGAUUAUUCAAAUGUUCACCACAUGGAAAAGGCUUUAGAUAUUCCGAUCACAGAUGUCAAUUCUUUUUGCAAAAAUCAGGGUAUCACACUUCAAACUCUCAGUUUAACAUGCUGGGCACUCGUACUCAGUGGCUACUUGGGAAAGCUCGACGUCGUUUUCGGCACUAUACUAGCGGGAAGAGAUAUCCCAGAUACAAAUGCGGAGCAACUCAUGUUCCCGCUGAUGAAUUCAGUGGCUAUCCGCAUCGUCUUGCACGGGAGCCGGUCAGAUAUGCUAAAAUAUGUUCAAGAAACAUUGGUACCUGUCUCCGAGCAUCAAUACAUCCCUCUUCGAACCGCCAAGCAAGUGGCAGGUUUUGGGGGCCAAAGUCUAUUUGAUACCCUAUUCAUCUUUCAGAAGCGGCCGCGUCAAGAUUCGUGUUUACAGGAGCUACUCUAUAAGUCUAUUGGUGGCUUUUCCGAUGUCGAGUACCCAGUGCGCGUUGAAAUGGAAGCGCUUAAAAAUUCCAUAGUGUGGCGAGUUGCUUGUCGAGAUACCGUGUUAGGAGAACUUGAUGCCUCCAGGCUCCUUGACAGGCUCAACUUUGUAUUUGAGAGCAUUAUCAAAUACCCUGACAGUGAGACAAUUGAUUUCAGCGACGAUGGCAUAUCGAUCUGCCAGAGCCCUGUAUUUCAAGAGCAGGACAGGGGUGAAGAGAAUAACCCUUUUAGUGAAGUUGCGUCAACCACCAUUCGGUCUUCUCCGCUAGAACAAGAGAUUAGAGCUGUUUUAUCUUCUAUAUCUAAUAUCCCGGUGGAAGAAAUAACCCGCGAAGCAACACUUUUCCAUCUUGGCCUGGAUAGCAUCAGCGCCAUUAAAGUGGCAGCACUGUUGAAAAAGAAAGGUAUCCUACUUUCCGUAAGCGAUAUGCUACGGGCUGGUACUGUUCCCAACAUGGCUCAAUUAGCCGUGUCAGAGCCAAGUGAAGCCCUCCUACCAGACCACGACAAAAUAUUAGGAAAUAUGUUGGAAGCGGUGAAUGUACUGUCACUACUACAGUCCCAUGGGGUUAACACACAAGAGGUAGAGAAAGUUAUUCCAGCAACUUCUGGACAAGUUUAUAUGCUAAACGUCCAUGAGAAUUCCAACGGGCAACUUUUCUACCCAUGCUUCUUCUACCGGAUAGCAAAUGCGAUUGUAACUCAGGAAAUCCUCUCAGCGGCCUGGAUGGCUUUAAUCAACGACCUUCCAAUUUUGCGCACACAAUUUAUCGCCACGAGAAGACGGUCUUUGCCCUAUAUACAGGUGGUACGUAAGGAGGUGAACAAUCCCAUCGUAUGGCGGCAAGGUUUGAAAAUUCAAAAGAAUAUGAUCCUCGAUGCACGCCCUUGCCAGCAGAUACCAGUAACAUUAUAUGCUUCACAGCAGCUGGACGAAACGAUAUUGAUUCUUCACAUCCACCAUGCCUUGUACGAUGCUGUCAGUCUGCCUAGAAUGAUGAAUAUGCUUGCGGAACUCUGCACCAGCCCAAGGCCGAGCGCCAAACCUCAGAAUGCCAAAGUGGACAUAUCAGAGCUAGUCAUCCACCAGCAUAUACACUCCAAGCCACAAGAACGACAAAACUUCUGGAGACACUACCUUGCGCCUGUCAGGAAUUCUGAACGACAACAAGAAAACCAGCUUCCAAAAAUCAGACAGCCAAUCGACGCAGAGAUGGUUCAUAAAUACCGCCAAUCUCUCGUGAAAGACAUUGACAAACUGGAGAAGCUCGGCCGAUCGUACGGCGUCAGCGUGCAGGCUCUCUUUUUAGCCAUCUAUGCCAGAAUCCAUUCCGCCAUCAUCAAUAAUAGAGUUGACCACAGAAACACUACCAGUCCCGACAACCUCACUGUCGGAAUCUACCUCGCAAACCGCUCGCACUCCCUAGACGGCCUUCCAGAACUAAUUGCACCUACCCUCAACAUAGUUCCCCUACGUAUUGCCCUCCAACGAGAAACAGACAGCAGACAGCAGUCCAUCGUCGAUCAGGCACGGAGAAUCCAAGGGGACUUGCAUGAGGUGAGCCGCGUCGAACAUUCAUGCGUCUCUCUGAUCGAUAUUGCGGACUGGACCGGGGUGAAACUGGAUACCUUUGUGAAUUUCAUUAAGUUGCCGGUUACACCGGGUGGAGUUCAUAGCCCUGCAGAGCUUACAAGGGGGAUGGCUCAGAUUGUGCCGUUGCAAGCAGCUGAAGGAGUUGAAGUUGGCCGCGACAGCACGUCGGAUGAUUGCCCUGGAGAAAUGCCGAAUUCCAACCAAGCAGCGCUGGAACCAGGCUUGAGCGAGACUUAUGCAGAUAUUUACAUGCCCGGGAUCGACGUGGAAGUUGCGAUAAGAGAUAACGGGCUCGAUGUGGGGAUAUUUAGCCACGGCGAUCGGAUCAGUAAGGCUGAAGCUGACUCCAUUCUUGAUACGCUGCAACAUGAUAUCCAGGAUAUCAUGCUGAACGGGGGGGCAGGAAAAUCCACUGUUGCUCCCUUCAGUUUACACUUCUGCAGCUAA